CCGUUCCGACGUCGGUCAUUUUCGCCCAGUGUCGCCAUCUGCUUUCUCGUUCUUCUCCAAUCUCCGUGUUGUUGUUCCCGGUGACGCGGCGGAGGUGUAGCCUGACGCGGGCUCUUACGUGUCGGCCAGAAUAAAAGUGGAGCUCCGGAGGCCCGGGAGUGACGAAGGGAGUCUGUAUCGCUUAGCUGAUGAAGAUGGAGUCAUUGGAGGUUCAGCAGGGAGUGGAGACGACUGUGACUGAGGCAGAAACCCAGCACAUCACCCAGGCACAGAUCGCUACUCUAGCACAGGUAACCAUGACAUCAGGCCACGCCUCAGCAACAGGUCCCACAGUAACGCUGGUACAGCUUCCCAACGGACAGACGGUUCAGGUCCACGGAGUGAUCCAGGCUGCACAGCCGUCUGUCAUCCAGUCCCCACAGGUCCAGGCUGUACAGAUCUCCACCAUAGCAGAAAGUGAGGAUUCACAGGAGUCAGUAGACAGUGUCACUGACUGUCAGAAGCGCAGAGAGAUUCUGUCACGACGCCCCUCUUACAGGAAAAUCCUGAACGACCUUUCAUCCGACGCACCGGCUGUCCCUCGUAUCGAGGAGGAAAGGGCUGAGGAGGAUUCAUCAGCUGCUGCCACACCUUCAAUCACCACUGUCACUGUGCCCACACCCAUCUACCAGACCAGCAGUGGGCAAUACAUUGCAAUCACACAGGGAGGAGCCAUUCAGCUGGCCAAUAACGGUACAGAUGGAGUCCAGGGCAUCCAGACUCUGACCAUGACCAACGCAACAGCCGCCGCCCAGCCUGGAGCCACCAUCCUCCAGUAUGCACAGACCAGCGACGGCCAGCAGAUACUGGUUCCCAGUAACCAGGUCGUGGUCCAAGCUGCCUCCGGAGACGUCCAGGCUUAUCAGAUCCGAGCAGCCCCCGCCAGCACCAUCGCCCCUGGGGUGGUCAUGGCCUCGUCCCCCGCCCUCCCCACCCAGGGUGCUACAGAGGAGGUCACUCGCAAACGGGAAGUCCGCCUCAUGAAGAACAGAGAGGCAGCCCGUGAAUGUCGCAGGAAAAAGAAGGAGUAUGUUAAGUGUCUGGAAAACCGAGUGGCCGUCCUGGAGAACCAAAAUAAGACACUAAUUGAAGAACUGAAAGCUCUUAAAGACCUUUACUGCCAUAAAUCAGAGUAGUUCCUUCUUCUGAACUCCAAGCUGGGCCAAGUAGCAUUUCACUUCUCUUCAACAACUCUUUGACUGUUUGAUACUGCCUGCCUGCCUUCCAGUUUACAUACGGCUGGCUAAUCUAGUUCUUCUUAUACAGCCUUCUUCAGUAGACCGUUGAUAGGCCUAAUACAUUUAAAAUACAUUGUCUUUCCAAUAUUGGUACACUAAAACAUUAGCCGCAAUCCUGUGCAGGAUCACUUAAAGGGUCAAAUCAGCUGCUGACGACGGUUAACAUGUUGCUUCACACAGCUUUAUAAGCCUGCAUCUUAUUGUUGCAGAUUUGGCCAAAACUCAUGUAAGUUAACACUGUCCUCAUCACAAUCAUUGCAGAGAUACCUUCAUGAGUAUCUAUGCAAUGUAAUUUCUUCUGUUUAAAGAUUGUUACAGAAGAAGUAAAAAGUUAUAACAAAUACAGUCCUUACCUGCUUAUGAGUUUCUCCUAAUGUCAGCAAUUGAUUUUUAAUCAUUUCGGGCAUUAUUAGUGGUGUAAUUUACGAGAUACACACUUGGUUCCAAUAGCGCCUGCACUAAGCUAACAGCUGAUAGCGCUAACUCGCCCAAUGUUCGACCCGGGAGAAAAAAGAUUCUGGGGGGUUGUUUGGCUCCAGGUCAUGGUGCAAAGGACCCUAGAGUAAAAUUACUCCGAACCAUCACUUUAA